CGCAUGGCUGGGGCUCAUGGCGCCGUGCCCGCUGUUCCUCUCCAGCGCUGUGCGGAGCGGCUGCACUCAAAUCAGGUCAUCAGCAGCGGAUCAACACGAGCCACCGGCGCGCGCGCGCACACACACACUCACACACUCACACUCGUCUAUAUCCGGACACGCACCGACGAGACGCGAUGUGUCUCAAUAGAGAGUGAUGCCGUUCUGGAGCUUCCCUAGUGAGUGUAUAAAAGCUGCACUCUGACUGAUGAGUUGGUAUGCUGAUUAGAGCCUUGCUCAGCCGAGCACGUCCUCCUGGGAACAGCUACGACUGUUCACCUGCCUCAAGUACCUGAACAAGCUCCACCCGAAUCUCUCUCUCUCUCUCUCUCUCUCUAUCUAAGGCAGCCAUGAUUGCCUCUCUCUGGCUAGGGGGGUAACGGUGUUAAUUGGAGGAUCGGCGUGUUGGUUGCCGUGGUGAAGUGGCGCCGUUAUCUCAGCAGCAGUGUCAGCAGUGUGAUGGACUCGUGAGGUGAAGAUGGCAGCGUCGUGGCUGUGUCGUCCCCAGCAGCCCCAUCAGAGCGGUUAAGGAGGAAGACGACGCUCUGGGCACAGGAGAAGCAUGCAGGAGGCUGACCUACCGGCCACUAAUGCUUUCACAGAGUGCAAGUUCGUGUGCACCAAUGGCCGCUGCCUGGACCUCAGCUCGCUUGUGUGUGAUCAACUCAACCACUGUGGAGACAACAGUGAUGAGGAGAACUGCCCUGUUUCCACCCAGCACCCUUCUCCUGCCCUGUUCUACUCUGAAUUGGAGUUUGUGCAGAUAAUAAUCAUAAUCGUGGUGAUGAUGGUGAUGGUGGUGGUGAUUAUCUGUCUUCUGAACCACUACAAACUCUCGACGUGGUCCUUGAUGAGCAGGCUGGGCCAGGCCAGGAGGCAGGAGCACUCUCUGCAGCCGGAGGGAUGUUUUUGGCCAUCAGAUAGUGGAUCCAGACAAGGAGCUUCAGAGGUGGUGUAUGCACCUCAUCCUCGCGAGCGCUUCAGCACUCCCUCAUUCCUGCAGCGAGACCGUUUUAGCCGUUUCCAGCCUACCUACCCUCUUCUGCAGCAGCACAUCGACCUGCCACCCACCAUCGCACUUUCGGAUGGAGAGGAGCCGCCGCCGUACCAGGGCCCAUGCCCGCUGCAGCUGCGCAACCCCGAGCAACAGCUCGAGCUGAACCGCGAGUCAGUGCGAGCACCACCCAAUCGCACAGUCUUCGACAGUGACCUGAUGGACAGCCAUGGCCCGUGCCCACCUAGCACCAACACAGGCAUCAGUGCCGCCAAUUGGAGUGCCCACGGACGCACGGAAGGCCCUCCACCCGCUUACAGUGAGGUCAUGGGCAACUACCCAGGCACAGCGUUUUACCUUCACCAGCACAGCAAUAACCAGUCCUCCUCCGUGCCAACUGUGCCCGGUGCCAGGACGCGCCAGGGCAGCACGGAAAGCACAAUAGUCCUGAGCAAAGCCAAGGACAUGCAGAGAGGGGAGCUAGUGUAAGGUCGGCUCUCCAUACCCUCUCCUUUUACCGGCUACAAAGGGGCGUGGUCACUCUCUGGACACUCCCAUGCACAACAUAAAAUGCGUCUGUCUUCACUACAAAAGCAGAGCCACAUUACAAGAAGGAACCAAGCGGAGCAAAGCUUACAAAAUAACAUUAUAUUAACUGUCUCUCAUACAAAAGACAUAGCAAAGCUUUGUAGCGCUAUUUUGUACUUGUGUAUUAUAUUCAAAUGGGAGAUGAUAUUAGCACAUAGGUUUUUUUUUUAGUUUGUUUUUUUGCCCCCUCCCCCUUUUUUUUGGUCAUGUGCUCUACAAAACACCAACACAUCCACAGAAUCAGGACAGGACUUGGAGUUGAGGAUAUGUUUUUCAAGACCAUGAUCUGUGCACAAUUGAGAUUUAUAAAAAAACAACAAAAAAAACAAACAAAAAAAAUUCUAAUCGAAAUCCCAGUGCCAAGGUUUUUGUGUGUGUGGGGGGGGCUGGUGUAAGGGUAAACACUCGCAAUUAUCCAUUUAAAUCAAAACACACAAAAGUUGCACUAUCUUGAUUGUGAAAAAAAAGAGGAUGGAAAUGCAGUGCAUGGUCUUUGUUGUUAAAGAAACGCCGUGAUCUGUAGAAGCUCUUUACUUCUGCACAAGAGUUACUUCUAUCCAGCCUAAAAACCCCUCCCUCCCAGCUCUUAAUCCUCCUCACAAUCCUUCAGACAUUUAUACCUCUUAAGGUCAGAGGGAUACUAACAGAAUGUUACUUUCAAUUAAUAUUGUCACUUUAGAGGCAGAAAUGUUUUACGAUCAUACAGUAAUUACUUUUGUUCGAAGUGUAGACUUUUUAUUUUAAGUAUCAAGCAGUCUGAAAGACUCUUUCUUCCUGUAGCAGUGUUAAAAUCAUUUAGUUUCUCUAUAAUUAUCUUAAACCACACAGAAAGACGACGAGAAAUAGGGGUUACGUGAGCAGGGUCGUGCUCGUAAAGUUAUCAAUUUAUGAACUGCAAUCAAGGCUCUUGUAAUCCUUUAUACGCGUUGCACUCGGCCAAUGACGAAAACCAAAACGGCAUUUAUUUAUCCUUUGAACGUUUUUACGGACGCGAGGUGUUAUCGUGUGCGUCGUUCAGCAUGGACGGAAGCUUCUCCUGGCUUUUCCUUACUUGAAACGGCUAAUGCUGCCCAUUCGUGCACUCUUUCACUUUCAGUCCCUUUCAGACCCCCAUCUGUACAGCGUUGUGAUGGAUGGUGCCAUAGUAACCAGAGUGAGCAAAAACAAACAAGCAUACAAACAUAGCCCAUGCUGCUGUGCUGUCUGCAUCUCCUAGAUUAGGUAGGAUAAUCAAGUGUAGUGACACAGUGAAGCUAAGGGCUAAAGUAGGGGUUGUUCACUGUAAUAUCUCAUUAACCCAGCCUUCCUCUGAUUCGGUUGCCUUUUCUGCUCGUCCCGUCUUGCUCGGUUCUCAGACGUGUCCGUGUUUGCGCAUGUGGUGUGUUUCAGGUGGGAAAAGAGUGUCCAUUUUAGAUCAACUCCUGCUCAUGGAGAAGCAGUAAACAACCAGUGCCCGGGGCGGGACUUCAUAUCGGAUUUUUCCUCGCCGCAUGAAAAAAGACCUGAACUGAUCCCAGUCUACGAUGCCUGUGAAUACAAGCCCUUCGAUGCGUUGCAUAAUCUGCAUGCAAUUUCCUCUUUAAUAUACAAUCAUCUUCUUACUUUCAAUCCAUAGCAUUGUGGGUAUUUGGUGAACACAUCCAAACCGUGGUGCUACAUUUAACUUGUAGAAGUUUACAAAAUGAGCAAACUUUGCUGUCCUUGUCGCAGUGAGUUGGCAGUCAGCGCUGAUGUGGUGUGAGAGAUGGGACGUGUGCAGGCCGGUGGUUAACUGACACUUUUGUCCAAUGGGAAGUUAGUUUGCCAGUCAAAACGCUCUGAGCGCUUAGAUGUUCAUUUUUGAUCAGGACCCAAAGGAACUUUUGCCUUGUAAUGCGGAACACAUCCCUUUAAUGUCAGCUUUACAGACUGAGAAUCACCUUUUCCAGCUGUUUUUCUUGUUUCUUUUCCCGCUCAUCCAGUGCACUGAACAUGGACAAACAUGAUUCUUUUGAAACAUCCAUCAUGGUUGUUUUUUCCACUGACACAUGCUUAUCCACUGCCUUUUUGUUCAACAUUGUGGGUAGAUUUUAAAUAUCACUGCCUUGUGUGUUUGGCUGUCCCCUAUAGUGCGUGUGUGUGUUUCUGUGGAGUGCACUUGCGUGUGAAUGUUUAUUCAUGAAGAUGAUGUGACCUGUAGGCUAGUUUGUCCAGCUAGAUUACAAAGCUUGGUUUCUCAAUCCGGCUCUUGACCUUAAGCCUUAACUGCCUAAUAGUACACUUGAAAGACGAGAUAUUUUAGUGGACACUGAUUAAACCCGAAUCCAGACUUAAAUAUGUCCUAAAGCGUGUGUGUGUCUGCAUGUGUGUGUUUUUGUAGAAAGCCAGAGAGUACAGCAUGCAUGUUCAGGGCUGGUUCCCUGAUCAUAUAUUGAGGAUGUACACUAGUUUUCUCUGAAUCACCAUUGUGUGUGUGUGUGUGUGUGUGUGUGUGUGUGUGUGUGUGUGUGUGUGUGUGUUUUAGUCCAGGACUAGGUCUGAUCAGUGUUUGGAAGGACAUGAAGGAUCUCUGUUAUUGAGCAUUUACAAAGCGAACAGAGCCACUAUCUGUACACUUCAUUAACCUGGAGGUAUUUUGGGCACAAACUAAAACUAGCCAAGGAUCAAAUGAGCAAACACGGUUCGGUCUACGUUCCUUCCAGUCUAGGUUGAAUCUAUACCUGGAGAGCUGAAACUCCACAACCGACCACAAUCGUUUUCUACUGCAAUGCCAGCAUUUUAGUAAGGGCUUCUGCCAGCUACCCCACGCGUCGUGUUCUGAUUUUAUCUUCGCCAGGUUGAGAUGGACUCAGCAAGCAGCGCCACCACUUGCAGAAAGUCUCGACAACGUUCCUCUUUGUUUCUUCGACUGAGAAGCUCGAACGCACUACAGUCACGUGUUUCCUCCCCUCAUUUUACUCUUCCAAAGAGCUCCCGGAGCUUAUCCUUCAUCUGCGCUGUUUAAUGCUGCUGCUAUCGCUGCUGAUGCUGCUUUCACCGAUCGAUUGCAGUCUGGCCCACGCUUGUCGGCUCGACCCUUUUCCCACCCAAUAACCAUCAUUUCAUCGUCUCCACUCGGCUUUUCCCGCUUCACUUCGUCUAAUUGUUGUCCUUCGCCACAAAACAAGUGCUCGUUUUCGUUGCCCGUGGAAUGAGGCGCUUUUGUUUGCAUGUGCGUAUGAUGCGAGCGAUCUCGGUGCCUAAUGUUCACCUUUUUGAGCAGACGUAGGAACCCACUUGCACUCUUUAAGCUCCCACCUUCGGUGUGCCUCACUUCCAACGGUGCUUUUUAUUUCACCGGUCUGUCAGUCUGUGUUUUUGUUUUGUUUCUUUUCUUUUGUUGUUUUCUUUUGUAAGGUGCUGUAAAUAACUUGAAUAUGUUAUGCACACAUAUCCUACCCAAUGGGUAGAAACCACAAAAGAUAUUGUUAAUAUUGUAAUAUAAUGUAUAGAUUGUAUAAAAAAUUUAACACAGUGGUAUCAGGUUUGUAAAUGCCUACAGUCGAAAAUGUGCAUUUUUUUUUUUGUCUUUUUUUGUGAACAAGGAGGUUUGCAAACAAUACUUAAAUAUGAAUUACAGAAUGAUUACAAAGUACUACUUAUUUUUCUUAUGGAUGAUAACAAUAUUAACAGUAUGAAGUUAUGGCAGUUGUUCUAGGACAAGAGAGUUGCUUGAUAUAGAGUCAAUGUGUUUUUUUAUUUAUAUAAUCCUACCCUCAAAAUAGCAUAACUUGUAUACAUUGCAGUUUAAUGGUAGAAUUGGCGAACCCAUGUAGAUCUACGCUACAGUACAUUUUCACAGUUUCACCUACAGCCUGAGUGAGAACGCGUCGGACGAGCUAGCUACAACAUGAACACUGUUUUAAUCACGUUUACAAAAUGGAUUCAGUUCCAUACAAUCAUCCGGCAGCCAGAGGGAAAUCAUGUUCGGGAAAGUGACUGUAGCAUCGAAGGGCGUUGUGAUGUUCUCGACAUCUGCAUUUAAACGAGUAAAGUUCUACCACUUUGUUCCAGUUCACCAACACGAAACGAGUAGAAUGUAAUACAAAGAAAUCAGACAAGUCCCUACAUUCCCCUGGUUGAACUGGUGAUUUAGGAAGGGGAUGUGCUUCACCUUAACAUGCAGACAGGUCGAAUACAUGUGUUCUACACGAGCAGUAACAUCUGAACCUACAGAAAUACUCCAGUCAGGACAGCAGAGACUUUGCUGUUGCUUCUGGGAAUGUUGGAAUGUGUGUAUUGCAUUAAAAUAAAAAAACAUCACUAUUCAGACUUUGUUCAGAAAGUGCAUAUAUUCGAUAUUAUUUGAGGUACUUUGUAACCACAUAAUAGCCAGUCCUAAAUUUGCCAUGCAACACUAUGCUUCCAGCCUUUUACUAAUCUGUCCAGACAGCGACGACACUGACACUUCUACCAUUCUUAUUUCUUACUUAUUUAUUUCACACAUUCUGUGUACGUGGUAUGUCGGAACCAAAUGGGGAUUUUUUUUUGUUUGUUUGUUUGUUUAUUAUUAUUUUUAUUAGAAUGACAAUAUCUGCUGGGUGUCCACUGUAACGUUCGGCACAUCCACCUCAAAGGAACUGAAGAUAAUGUAUAUAGCAACUUCAUUUCUCCAGUGCUCAACGGCAGGGAGCCUCGAGAGGUUUGUGGUGCGAGGUGACACCACAGAAGGCUUUGUACCCUUACGAGCGCCGACUGAAACUCAAAUUGCGCCUCGGUUUGUUUUCCUCAAAGCAUAAGAUGCUUCUGCGCACACCACCGCUAACCCUAACUUUCCCGCAUUAUUGGUCAAUACUGGACUGCUUUCGUCAUGGACUUUUUCGUGUUUUUUUGUUGUUUUUUUUUCUCUCCAUUUAUUUUAACAAAAAUUGUACCCCAGCAUUUUUUUGUGCGUGUGUAUGCAUAAGCGUGUACUUGUAUUUGGCCAUACACGUACAUGCGUAUGUUUAUAUACACGUUAAAUAUAUGUAUUUUUGCCUCUUUUUAUUUAAGCAAUUGUGAUGUACUAGGUUCUAGGCCUAAGGUCUGUUAUUGCAAUACUUUUUCAGAAAAAAAAGUUCAAAAUAGUCCAAAAAAAAAAAAACUGUUGCUCUAAAUGCUGUUGUAGUCAAAGAUUUUAUGCUUGUACUGCUGUGGUUAAACUACAGCGAAACCAUUAAAAACGUACAAAAAAUA